AAGAAAGUGUAGGUUUGUUCCCGACUUGAAAUAUGGCUUCUCGUCGACGUGGAGUUGGCGUUGCUGCUGUACAGCGCAAACAGGAAACUCAGGCGAAGUUCAACGCAAAAGGUGAACAAAUGGCUAGCGAGCAGUUGCAGAUGUUUUCAAAACAGUUAGAGGAAUUUACGAUACGGCUAGAACAAUUUGCACACCGUCAUCGUGAUGAAAUUCGCAAAAAUUCUCAGUUUCGACGUCAUUUCCAAGAGAUGUGUGCUAGCGUAGGGGUCGAUCCACUUGCAUCUGGAAAGGGUUUCUGGGCGGAAAAGCUGGGAGUAGGAGACUUCUACUACGAACUUGCUGUUCAGAUCGUAGAGGUGUGCUUGUCUACAAAUCACAUCAAUGGAGGAAUCAUGACGGUAGAAGAAAUUAGGAAUCGACUGAUGCGCAGCAGAUCUCGUACAAGAAAGGAGACUAUCACUACAGAUGACAUACUACGUGCUGUCGAUAAGCUCAAAGUCCUAGGAGGAGGAUUUGAACUAGUGCCUUUGGGUGGUGGCCGCUUCCUCGUACAGUCUGUUCCUGGUGAGCUGAGCAUGGAUCAUUCUCGUGUACUGCAACUUGCGGAAGAUGCAGCUUAUGUUACCAAAGAACUGAUCAUUGAUAGGCUACGCUGGGACGAACCACGGGCGCAGGCUGUGCUCGACCAUCUAGUCAAGGAAGGUUUGGCCUGGGUAGACGAACAAGCUACUGAUACCAUUCAAUACUGGGUACCAUCGUUGUUUCUACAGCAAUAUUGUCACUCGUCGAGUAGCACCAGCGUCUCGGAAAGUCUACAAAGCAUGAGUGCUUAUUGAAGCUUCCCUCCAUCUACUAGUGUUCGAUUAUUGUGACUUGUGUAUUCAUCGGCCACACGGGCCGGGCGGUUGAUGGAUCACCUAUGUCUGAUUCAUCUAGUCGUGCUGUACAAAUCAGUUGCUUCUAGCUGAGAAAUAUGUUGUUGUUUUUUCCUAGAGUCAUAAUUCUUAGAGCCCAUAUGGAAGAGCUGCAAGUCAAAAUUUGACCGUAUUUCUGUCUUCACAACAUAAUCUCAUACUAGUCAACGUGUUUUGAGCUGAUCUUGCCGGAAUUUGCAAAUAAUUAUGGUAUAAUGUUUUCCUUUACUUCCCAAUAAAAGUAUCUCAUUAGC